GGUCCAUCACUUAAGCAGUUUAUGGACAUUUUUUCUCUUCCUGAAAUGACGCUGCUCUCUUCAGUCAUUGACUACUUCAUAACUCAUGGUAUUGAGUUUGACCAGGUGCAUCUUUACAAGGAUAUAUCCGAUGCUAUUAGAGAUGUACAUGUGAAAGGAGUGAUGUACGAAUGGAUUGAAAAAGAUCUGGAACAGUAUAUUCUGCACGGGGAUGAAAUCUAUGCUGUGCUAAACCGGCUGGUGAACCACAAGAAGAAACUCUUCCUCAUUACAAACAGUCCCUUUAGCUUUGUGGACAAAGGAAUGAAACACAUGGUUGGCAAGAACUGGCGGGACUUAUUCGACUUGGUCAUUGUGCAAGCCGGCAAGCCAAAUUUCUUCACUGAUCGGCGGAAACCUUUUCGAAAACUGGAUGAUAAAGGCUCACUGCAGUGGGACAAAAUAAACCAGCUGGAGAAAGGAAAGAUCUACAAAGAGGGUAAUCUCUUUGAUUUUCUGAGGCUGACAGGCUGGCGUGGGUCCAAAGUGCUCUACUUUGGCGACCAUCUGUACAGCGAUCUUGCGGACCUCAUGCUGCGUCACGGCUGGAGGACUGGAGCCAUUGUUCCUGAACUGGAGACGGAGAUUCGGAUCAUAAACACAGAGCAGUACAUGCACUCCCUGACCUGGCAGCAGGCUCUGACAGGGCUGCUAGAGAGAAUGCAGAUGUAUCAGGAUGCAGAAUCGAAGCAAGUAUUGCUGGAGUGGAUGAAAGAACGGCAGGAGAUCAGGUGA